AUGCCCGCAAUUUCCGAGGCGCCGGCCAGCUGCCUCGUCGAACUCGAGGAGGCCUGCUACCUCAAUGAGAACCGGCUUUUCCUCUGCGGCUGGGUCAAAGACAUCGACUGUCUGGUGACCUUCCACGAGCGGUUCUGGAGUCGCGUCCGACGCUCCAGGCAGCCCGUGCCUGGCUACCGCCCCAUCACGCUUACGGAGGUGCAGCGCGCGUUCUGCCUCUUCCAGGGUCAGUGGGCGAAGGCGAGCCGGAAUGCCGACAAGCUGGACGGCACCGCCCUCAGCUCCCUCCCAGCGGACGCCGACGAGCUGGACGGCCGGCUCGCGCUCGCGCCGCGUCAGGCCGGCCAGCCCGCCCCCAUCUCAUCCAACGCAGCUGCCGCCCUCGACGGGACUGGCGAAAGCCACCCAAAGCGCCCCCGCCGCACCUGUGGCGAGCGCCGCGAGCGGGCCGCCGCCGCCGGCUACCCGAGCGCCCCGGCCCAGCCCCCCAAGGGCAAGGGCAAGCCCACGCCGCCCGCAGAGCACGCCCGGCGCGCCUCCAAGGGCGACCUGCUCCGCGAUCCGGCGACCGAGAAAGAGUAUGCCCCGCCGCCCUGCAUCGCGCGGCGCCCGGGGCUUCCGCACCCGGACACUAUCCCCUGUGGUACGGGUGCGCCGCAGCGGCGCCGCCCCGGCCCCUCGGCGCGCCCCGCCGAUGCGGCAAAGCCGCAACGCAACGGCUGCGACCAGGCGUGGGACCAUGCGAACGGCCAACCAUCGGCCGCGUGGGCGGAGCCUCCGACCGCACCCCUGGCGGCCCCCAUCCGCAGUGCGCUGCUCUGGGCGCGCGAUUGCCCCGACUACGAGCAGUGGGUCAUCGGGCAGGUUCAGAAUUGGAAACGAGUCCACCCGCGUCCGCGGCGCGCUGCCGCCAGGAUACAACGCCGAGAGUUACUUUUGGCAACAGGGCACGAGAACACCGAUGUCAGAGCCGACAUAAUGUCGGGAUUUCGGAUGCGGGGCGUCCUGCCCGACACGCAGCUGUUCGAGAACGUGGACGGCACCGACCUCCCAGACGCCGCUGCACUGGACCGCGCGCUCGAGCACGCGCUCGAUUCCAAGGGCGCCAUGCUGCUGGAAAUGCUCCAGAACGCCAAGCGCGGGCCGGACAUGGCUGAAGUGCUCCGAGUCACACAGGAGGAAUGCGCAGCGGGCAAGCUGGACGGCCCGUUGGAGGUGUGGCUCGACGCCGCUGGGCGCGUAAACUCCACUGUGCCCUUUGUCCAGCGGCUACCGACGCGCCGCUUCCCCCGCGUCCAGGGCCGCUCCGCCACCUCCUACAAAGUGCGCCCCAUCGAUGAUGCGACGGCGAGCGGCCUCAACUUUGCUGUCGCCACCCAGGAGCGCAUGCCCAUGGCCGGCCUGGCCUCGCUCCUCGACGCCGUGUCCUUCAUCGCCGAGACCUGCCGCGACUGGGGCGCCGACGGCGUGCCGCUCAUCGCAAAGGGUGACCACGCCCAAGCAUGCCGGCAACGGCAGGUGCACCCCGACGACGCGCCCCUGCUGGUCUGCCUCGUCUGGGACGACAGCGUCGGGCACGCGGGCGGCUACCGGGCCUACGCGCACAAAGCCCUGCCAUUCGGCGGCUUCGGGGCCGUGUUGGGGCUUGCGCGAGUCGCCGCCAGCGUGAGCCACCCCCUCCGGCGCAUCUUCAGCGUGCCGCGGAACGCGUACGUGGACGACUUCCACCGAGCCUCGCCCGCCAGGUGGGCCGCCCUCCACGAAUGGGCAUUCCAGGAGCUGCACACCAUUCUCGGGAUCCCGCUGAAGGGGGGGAAGAACCCGGGCCCAGCAGCCGUGCUGGACCUGCUAGGCCUGGACGUCCUCUCCGCCCCACGCUGGGCGGGCCCGCGCCUCACCGCCAAGCGCCGCGCCGCGCUGUCCAACGACGUGGGCGCCGCCCUCCGUGCGCAGCGCCUCAGCAAGCGCGACGCCGCCAGGCUGGGCGGCCAACUGGGCUUCGCCACCUCGGCGAUGUUCGGCCGCGUUGGCCGCGCCUGCGCCUCCCCAGUGUCGGCGCACGCCGGAGGCUGGUCUCGCCGCCUCGCUCGCGCGCUGUCCCGGUGGAAAUCACUUCUACAGUGCCCGCUGUACCACAAGCGCGUCCACGGCGCGGACCGCCCCGUCGUCGUCGGAUGGGUCGCUGGGUCCCGGGACAUGGAAGCCGGGUCAGGCACCAUCGGGGGCAUGCGGUUGUCUCCAAUAAGCGGUGGCCACAGUUUCUCCGCGCACAUCCCGCCGCGCCUCUGCGCAGAGCUCCUCGAGGUCGGGAAGAAACAGCGGAACACCCAGUCCGAGCUGCUCGCCGUGCUCGUCCUGCUGCUGUCGUGCCCCGAGGUAGUGCGCGGCGCCAGGCUGGUCCUGUUCGAAGACAACACUCCCGCCCUGGAGAACAUCCGCCGCGGCGCGGCGGCCGACGACGACAGCGUGGCCAUGGUCGGCGCCAUCUGGCCCCUGCUCGACGUCCUCGGCACAGAACUCUGGAUCGAGUGGGUCGCGUCGGACAGCAAUCCCGCGGACUCCUUCUCCGGACCCGACGGGCCCGACAAGCGGGCCGAGGCCGCGGCCCUCGCGCGGCGCUACCACCUCCAGGCGGCCGAGCCCAGUUUUCCAGCGCCCUUCCACAUGGACGCCGACGCCCGGGCAACGGCAGCCUCAGCCGCUCAGGAGGAUCGGAAGCACAACGACCGCAGCCACCGAGCGCGCACCGCGCUUCGCCUGAAGGCAGUAGACGCCGGCACCCUCGCCGCGCAGCUCGGCGCCAUCUCCUUCGACGCGGGCGACGAGCAGAUCACUCUGGGCUGGGCCCGCACCAGGCGCCAGGCGGGCCGGCGCUACCUGCUGCGGCUGCUCUGCCUCGCCGCGCGGCCGCACGCCAGCGGCCAGAGCGCCGCGACCGUCGGCCUGCGCAAGGCGUCGUGGCCCCGCGCGCCGACCGGGGCCGUGAGGUGCACUGCGGCGGCCAUCAUCAAGGGCGCCGGCAGCGCCCGCGCAGCCGCCGCGCGGCGGUGGCCGCGCGCGCCCGCGCCAGACGCCGCGUGGGUCGAGGAAAACGACGUCGCCAUCGGGUUCUACGAGGUCAGCAUCGCCAGUGCCAAGGAGCGACGCCAGGCCGCCCCGCUGCGCAGGCUGGGGCUGGAGGCUGCAGGCGCCGACGCACGACCCCGACGGCGUGCCGAGCCGCUGUGA